AUGCGUGCGGCGCAGGGCACCAAGCUCGCAAUUGACGCAGAGCUGCUGCGAGCCGCCCACACCCAGCCUCAGGCGCCCCCUCCCGCCGGCAAGCGGUGCGAGGCGCCCGGCGCCGCAGACGCCGCAGGGGGCGGCGCACCGCCUGCCAAGCGCCACAGCAGCCACCAACGCGAAGGGCAGCCGCGGUGCGCGGGCCAGGCGCCGAAUCUGCCGUGUCUGCCACCGAUGGGAGCUGGCCCCUGCUGGACUUCAGGCGCGGCGUUCGCGGCAGGGGCAGUCCCAAUUGCGCAGGCUGGGGCGGUGCAUGCGCUUGGUGGUGGCGCUCGCGGCAGCAGCAGCAGCAGUGCCACAGGCGGCGGCAGCACGCAGGCAAGCGGCCUCGGCGGUGAGGCGCUGCCUUCCGGCCCCCAGCCGUCGUUGCCUGCCGUGGCCAACAGCCUGCAUGCAGCCCGCGCCGGCACGGGGCCUGCAGCACCGGUGCCACAGCCCCCGGCGUCCCCGCGCGCGGCGCCGCCCCGCAGCUCUGCGGGGUGUGACGCUGGCGACGGCUCGGCAGGCUGCCCGCACGUGACGCCGCACGCCGCCGCGCAGCAGGGCGUGCGUGCGGCGCCAGCGCUCGCUGCCCUGCUUCACCAAGCCUCUGCACGAGCCCCCGGCCCCAGCGCUCACACCAGCCCCGGCGUCUCCAGGCUGCUUCGCCCAGCCUGCGCUGAUGGGCUCGCAGCAGAGACAACUGAGCAGGGUCGCCCAGCGACAACGGCCACGCUGCACGCGGUGCUGUCGCAGCAGCAUGCCGCACCCCAAGACAUUGAGUCGGGCGCUGACCCGCAAGUGGCAGCAGCAGGGGCAGCGCCAUCAACGGUCGCAGUUGCGGCAGCACUCAAAGCCGCAGCUUUGGGGGCGGCUGCAGAAGCGGUGUCUGUGAGUGAUGAUCAACACCAGCAGCAACAGCAACAGCAGCCGCCGCUGCCGCAGCAGCAGGAGCAAGGGCAGCAGCCACAGCAGCUGCAGCAGCAGCAACAGCAGGAGCAACAGCAGCUGCAGCAGCAGCAGCAGCAGGAGGCACUCCUGGCGCCGGGCACACAGCUGUACCUGGCUGUCGAGCACCUCGCGGGUGGCAUUCGACCCGACCCACAGGGCGGCUUGACCCUGCUGGUGGGCAAGAAGCUGGGGAGCGGCAGCUAUGGGACUGUGAUUGAAGUUACCUUGCAGGGCGAAGCAGGCGCUGAUGGCAGUGCAAGCGCUGGGUUUGCCAUGGGUGGUUGGCCCCACAUGGGUGGCGCCUACGGGGCCGCGCCAGGCGCAUGCGACGCUCUGCAGGGCGGCGACGCGAUCGGCGAGGGCUGCGGUGGCGCCUUUCCCGGGGGCGUCAACUGCGGCGUAGGCAACGGCAGCGUGUUGGGCGGCCUCUGUCGUGGCCUGCAGGACUGCAGCGAUGUCGGCAGCGCCGGUCCUGUGCUGGAUGGCGGUGGGAAAGCCAUUGGCGGGCCGUUUGGCGGCGCCGGCUCUAGCUUCGGGGGAACGAGCUUCAGUAGCUUCACUUUUGGCGGCUUUGGUUGGGCAGCAGGGCCGCGCCGUUUCGCCCUCAAGGUGUCGCACGACCCCGAGGGAGGCCACGACCUGGAGGUCGAAUAUGCUGCGAUGACACGCUCAGCCACGUCCUGCCCCGGCGCCACCUGCGGCGGACCAGACCAGUACUUUUGCAUGGCCGACCACCACGUGCUGCGCGCUGAGGCGCUGGGCAUGGUGAGCGUCGGCGGCGGGCAGCUGCGGGCGCUGCUGAUGGAGUAUGCUCGGGACGGCAGCCUGCUGGACCUCAUUGACACGCGGCGGGCAGAGCAGCAGGAGCGGGUGGGGCGCGGCGAGGCCCCGGGCGAUCUGUUCAGCGACGACGAGAUCCGCCAGGUCGCGCGCCAGGUGGCGGUGGCGCUGCACCAGCUCCAUGUGCACGGGAGGUUCAUCCACAGGGACGUCAAGCCGGCAAACAUACUCCUGAAGAACAACGGCUCGGAUGGAGGGCCCCUGUUCAUCAGCUUGGGGGACAUGGGAAGCGCCUUCGACAUCAUCGCUUCGGCAGAGGGCGUGGCACACUCGCCAGCCGGCACCCCUGCCUAUGGCUGCACGGAGGGGCAGCAAGUGCUGCCUACCGGGCGGCACCUCAACAUGCGCUAUGACACGUCCAGGGACAGCCUGGCGCUGGCCCUGACGCUGCUGGAGCUGCUGACAGGCGCCACGGUCGCCGACACCAUCAAGGGAGCCGGCCAGGCCCCUGCAGCCUCCAACAUCCCAGCAAACCUCGUGCCCGACCGGCUGAGGGCGCCCCACCUGCCCCCGCUGCUGGACGACGACGCACUGCCCUACAAGGCGCUGCUGGCGGCGCGCGGCCAGCUCGGCCAGGACAUGCGCGGCCUGGUGGCCUCCUGCCUGGACAAGGAGGGGCGCAUGUCGGCGUCGCACAUGCUGUAUUGCCAAAAGCGCAGCCAGCGCAUCCGCACGGAGCCGCGCGGGCUUUUCCCCCUCCUCGAGGUCACCCGCUCGAAGGUGCGGCGCGGAUUUUUUGAUUGA